CGAGGAUCAGUAGUUGUUUAGCAGCUGUAGAUUAGAAUUGUUACAUUCGCUUACAGAGCUUUUUGUUAGACUUUAAAAUAUUGUAACAAUUUAGAGUUUAAAAUAUUGCAACAAUUUAAGAUAAAUUACAAAGAAUUGUUUUACUUGGCAACAUAAAAAUAAGCUUUUAGCCAAAGCCAGUACAAAGGUCAUCUUUCAUACAUACCAAAGAAAAAUGCUGCAGUCGAAUCUCUUAAGAUUUGUGGCUCGCGGGAGCCCAAAAAGAUGGAUGUCCACUGCCACCAAGUUGACCACAGUGGAGGUUAAUGAUAAGACCGGAAUCGCUACCAUUACAAUGAAUCGGCCUCCGGUCAAUAGCCUAAACGUCCAGUUAUUGAUGGACUUGCAGUCCUCCAUCAGAGAAGUCGAGAACAACAAAUGCCGGGGCCUCAUUUUAACCUCCGCACUUCCCACUGUGUUUUCAGCUGGCUUGGAUAUUCGGGAAAUGUAUAAUACGGACAAGGAGCGACUCCGAAUCAUUUGGACUGAACUGCAAAAAGCCUGGAUUGCCCUCUACGGGACCAGUUUACCCACUGCAGCAGCAAUCAAUGGUCACGCUCCAGCUGGAGGAUGCCUCCUGGCCACCGCCUGCGAGUAUCGGGUGAUGCUGCCCAAAUACCUGAUCGGACUGAACGAAGCCCAGCUGGGAAUCAUCGCCCCCAAGUGGCUGAUGUCCGGAUUCCUAAACGUACUGCCUCAGCGAGUGGCAGAGCGUGCUCUCACCCAAGGGCGCCUCUUUACCACGGAGGAAGCUAUCGAGGAAGGCCUGGUGGAUGAGAUCGUCAACUCCAAGGAGGAGGCCCUGGAAAGGUGCGCCGACUUCAUCGGCAGCUUUGCUAAGGUCAAUCCACUGGCUCGUGGACUGACCAAACUACAAUUCCGUGCGGACAAUUUCAAGGAGUUUGAAAAGAUACGCGAAAAAGAUUUGUCCGAUUUCAUAGCCCUAGCCUCACGACCAGAGGUGCAGAGGGUUAUGGGUAUUUAUCUGGAAAACCUUAAUAAAAAGGGAAGGAAGUAAAGGAAAUUUAUUUUAAGUAAAUGCUUAUUACAUUUCUUAAAGUUCUGACUUUUAGUUUAAGCUUUUAAUUGAUGUUUAUACCUAUAAUUUUUGACCAGACCAGGUCAUGUCGGCAUUUAAUUUUGAUAUAUACAAGAUUUUUAAAUCGUUACAUUCAAAAUGUGUGUAUUUAAUAUACAAAUUUGUUAAUUACUAAAUAUCAGAAAUAUAAGAAAUUCGUGCCUA